UUCGCUGCAAUAACAUUUCAUAAAAAUCAUUAAAACCGGUGCCAUAAUAUAAUCUGAAUAAAAAUUUUAUUUACAUACAACUGAUAAGGUCAAAGUCUAAUGUGUACAAUAUAUACAUACAUACUUAUGUUGUAUGUAUAAACGUAAAUAUAUUUCUUAUCGAUGGAACAUAUUGAUUAUAUAAACACAUGCAAGUUUUGUUUUUAUAAAAUAAAAUUUAAUAAUCUGAUUAGAUUUGUGAACAUUAAUAUUCUGAUAGUGUUAAAGGUAAUAAGAUUAUCGAUACUUACAUUCGAAGUAAAUUUAAUUAAGUUUAAUUGAACUGAGGAGCACACAUGCUGUUGUUGUUAUCAUUUAAAUAAACAGAAAAACACUACAUAAUAUAAAAUAAAAGAAUAAAAAUAAAAAAAUCCCAGAAUAUUUUUGAUUUCAAUUAAGUAUUUGACUAAGAAUAUAAAAUAAAUUUAGUUAGUAUUAAGUAUCUGUUGAAAUACGACGGUGUUUAUAUUUAAAAAAUUAAAUUAAAAAUCGCGGUUAGAAAAUUUGGAAAAAUAAAGAAUUGUUCAUUUCAUUUAAACUAAUUCAAAAAUAUUAAUUCAAAAUGCAUAUCGGUGUAAUUGGUUGCGGUAUGGUUGGUCUUACGACCGCACUAGAAUUACAAAAAGAAUUUCGUAAUGCACAAAUAUCGAUUGUCGCUGAUAAAUUUAAUGAGGAUACUUGUAGCUAUGUUGCAGCUGGAUUAUUUCGACCGAGUACUAGUUUUACUGGUCCAACAAAGGAUAUAACUUAUAAAUGGAUACAAGAUUCCUAUGAAUAUUGGGAUAAUAUUCGGCGUUCAUCGGAAGCAUCAAAAGCUGGUGUUUGUCAAUUAUCUGGUUAUAUAUUUUCAAAAGUGAAUCCCAGUAUAGUAAGGAAUGAAUUUCUUGAAAAAGUUUUACCAAUUUAUCGUCAAGCUGAUGAGCGUGAACUAAGAUUAUGUCAAGGAGAUUGGAAGUACGGAUCAUUUUUUACGACAAUUUUAACGGAAUCAAAAAUGUUUUUACCAUAUGCAGCAGAUAAAUUUAUUCAACAAAAUGGUAAAAUUCAUUCCCAGAAUAUUGAAUCAUUUUCAAAAUUACAAGGAAAAUUUGAUAUUAUCGUAAAUUGUACUGGCUUAGGUGCUCAAAAUUUAUGUGAAGAUCAACAAUUAGUUCCAAUACGGGGUCAAAUAAUUAAAGUUAAAGCCCCUUGGAUUAAAAUGGCCUUCUAUGGAGAAAAUGACACUUAUAUAAUACCAGGAUUUGAAGGUGUUAUAUUAGGUGGUUGUCGACAAUACGAAAGUUAUAAAACUGAAAUUUGUCAGUAUGAUAAAAUGUCAAUACAAGAAAGAUGUUAUAAUAUGUUACCAAGUUUGAAAAAAUCUCAAUUUAUAAGAGAUGCAUGCGGACUAAGACCACAUAAAUCUAUUGUUCGUGUCGAACCGGAAUUUUAUGAUACAAAAACAAAUGGUAAAUUGAAAAUCGUACAUAAUUAUGGACAUGGUGGUUAUGGAAUUUGUACAUCUCCUGGAACAGCCAAAUAUUCAGUUGAGUUAGUAAAAGAUUUACAUUCGUCAAGUAAUUUAAGCAAAUUAUGAGUAUCUUUAAUAUUAAUAUAAGAAUAUUUGAUUUUAUUAAAUUGAGAAUCUUUAUAUAGAAAACUUAUAUUCUUUGUCUUCCUUUUCAAAAAUAUUAAUUAUUAAAUAUGUAACAAUUGUGUGUUGUAUUUCAUGCAUUAGGUAAAAAUAUUUAAAUAAAAUUAUGUAUAU